UAACUCUGCUUCGAGCUGUACGUUGACUGUUUCGAACAACGUGUAUCACCUGCGGGAAGUUGGUGGAUGUAACGACGUAUUGAAAGGGGCAUUUCACACGCUUCAACGUGCAAUCUUGCUGAGCUGCUUGGGGAUUUGUGGAACGCGGUUCCCGCAUUACCAGAACGAAAAUGUCUGACCUUAUCAUCUCUACUGUGAAGGGAACGGCCUCCGCUGCGUACGGUGUUGCAUCUGCGACGUGUGCCGCCAUCUCCGAAAAGUUGCUGUCAACGGAGCCAGUACCAGUUAUCGUGCAGUCAGAAUCUGAAGGUAGCGUAUAUGAAUUGCAUCGCAAUGUGCUGGACCACAGUAUGUGGAAAGGGGUUGAAGACCUGCCUGUGGUUGUUGUAUCGAUUGCCGGUGUAUUCCGCUCUGGCAAGUCUUUCCUGUUCGACUAUUUCAUUAGAUACCUGGAACACCUCGAGGGAAAUCGGGCUUCUAAGGGCUGGAUGGGUAAAGCUCUUAACCCACUGAAGGGGUUUCCUUGGAAAUACGGACGCAACAAGGUCACCUCUGGAAUACUGCUGUGGGGAAAAAUUUUCAAAAUAGACACGCCCAGAUGGGGGACAGUUGCACUAGUCCUCAUGGACACCGAGGGAACUGAUGAUAACAUGUCCAGUCUUGCAUCGAACUCUACCCUGUUUUCCCUGGCCUUGCUUUUGAGCUCAACAAUGAUCUACAACGUCGUGAGAAGCCUGAACCGAAGUGUCCUAGAGAACCUACAGUUCUUUGUUAGCUGCGCCCACAUGCUGAAGAGAGCACAACACUGUAAGGAAGACGAGAAGAGCUACGCUUUAGAACACCUGCUUUUUCUGGUUCGUGAUUGGGAGUUUGUGGACGAGAUCCCGUAUGGCUUCGAUAAGGCUGGAGACUUCAUCGCCCAGUGGCUGACGCCUGAUCACUCCGCGCCGGAUAGCCUUAAUAAUACCCGAAACGAAAUUACAAGAUGCAUAAAAGACAUCUCUAGUUUUUUAAUGCCGCACCCAGGGCACCAAAUCAAAGAGCUAACAUUCAACGGAGGAACACACGGAUUGCGUGAAGACUUCAAAACACAACUGGAUAAUCUCGUCUCUGUUCUUCUCUCUCCGGAGAACCUUGUACCAAAAAUGCUAAAUGGAAGGCCAGUAACCUGCGACGAUUUUAAAGGUCUUCUCCUGACGUAUUCAUCUUUGUGUAAAAGAGGGAAGCUGCCUGACGUGCAGACUGUGACUGACCAAGCUGCGUUCGUCCACAACCAGAAGGUCCUGAAGAAUAUUGACCAGGAAUAUGAAUUGGCCAUCACAGACGAGGUUGAAGAGAUACUGAAAGCACCAGACGCAGUGGACAAAAUCGGCGUGCUGAACAGAGCGCACGACAGACUGAAACGAGAAGCCUUAUCAAAACUUGGAAAUGCUCCUGUCAUGGGGAACAGAAUGAAUGAACUUCAAGAACAGUUGUCCCAGAUGAUCGACGUUUUCUACGCGAAAUGCAAGAAGCCAAUUGUGUUCCUGGCAAAGGAACCAAAGAUGAUGCGAAAGCAACGUGCAGCUGAGUCCCAAUUCAAGGAGCACAAGAAAAAGAUGGAAGACUUCCAUAGACAGACUGGUGACACUGAAGAGGAUUCUGAUGAGGAGGCAUUAUAUUGGAAGCAAGCCAUUAAUAAGAUGGAAGACUUCCAUAGACAGACUGGUGACACUGAAGAGCAUUCUGAAGAGGGGGCAUUAUAUUGGAAGCAAGCCUUUAAUAAGGGUUCUGAUUUUUGCACAAACGCAAAGAGAGAUGUCAUCGCCAGGCACAUGAAACAGCAAGGAGUUCUUCUGGAGAAGGAGGAUAAGAAGAAAUAUGCCUGUGCACUCGCCACCACCAAUAUUUUUCGGAAAAUCCUGACAGCCGUUUGCAAACGUGUUGCUCCUGCUCUAUUGUCCAUGCUUUUACCGGCGAUUGCCUUCUGAUCUGCGUGAAGCUCGUGGAAAGUACUCUCAUUGCCAAUAAAGGUUACUUUACCA